AUGUCUGCCACACUAAUCGCUGUCACAGCUACCGCACAAAUCCUCGGCAACCCCUGCGCCCACGCUAGCAGCAUGGAGUGUGGAACGCUUGCAGGUCAUAACAACGGACUCCCGUUCUUGUUUCUUUGUGGACCUGACCACACGAUCACUUCAUAUGAUGACUGCACCUGUGAAGGAUGCUGCAUCCUAGAAGGGCAAAAAGGAGCCUCAGCGAAGAACAAGGCGAGACGAGAAUUCGAAGAUGCAAGCCUCUUUGCUCAUAUUGUGAAUCGCGGUUCUGCUAAUGUAAAGGUCGAGACGGUCACGGUGUUGGCUAGUUUCGACAAAGGCUGCCUGCAGGACCUAUUCACAUUCACAGUGCACACAUUUUCUUCGUCACCCGUUGUACUGUCCCGCUCUAUUCGACCUGUCAUAUUCUCGGGAACCGUCGCCUUUCUUUCCACGACGCUCUCGGCCGUUCUUCCUCAUGGCAUCAGCUUAUAG